AUGAUGGUAGCCGGUCACCGAGUUCGUGAGUACCUUUGUACCUGUGGGCUGGUUCCAAGGUGCACAAGAAGUGUUGUGCCACUUAUGCUUCUGCCAUACCUGAUGACGUGCAUGAAGGUGUUCUGCACAAUGGAGUGUGCCCCUAGCCAAUGUACUGUAAACGUCUACUGGGUGAUCAUGUGCUUUGAGAAUCUGAAUCAUUUCUUCAAGCUAGAGCUGACUGCGUGGGAGUUCUUCUACUUUUUCAAAGUGAGGCGUUACAAGAAGUAUGCCCAAGCUCAUGUGUGCAAAGCCAAGUUGUUUGAUAGUCUCAACUGA